AUGCCAGCGCUCGCGGUGCUCGCGGCGGCCGUCGCGGCGUGGUGCUUCCUCCAGGGCGAGAGCCGGCACCUGGACGCGCCCGCGGGAGGCGCCGGCGCCAACCACGGCAAUUUCUUGGACAAUGACCAGUGGCUGAGCACCGUCUCGCAGUACGACCGGGACAAGUAUUGGAACCGCUUUCGAGACGAUGAUUAUUUCAGGAACUGGAAUCCCAACAAACCCUUUGACCAAGCCCUGGACCCAUCCAAAGACCCCUGCCUGAAGGUGAAAUGCAGCCCUCACAAGGUGUGUGUGACCCAGGACUACCAGACUGCCCUCUGUGUCAGCCGCAAGCACCUGCUCCCCAGGCAAAAGAAGGGGAACGUGGCCCACAAACACUGGGUUGGACCUUCGAAUCUGGUCAAGUGCAGGCCCUGUCCCUUGGCACAAUCGGCCAUGGUUUGCGGCUCCGACGGCCACACCUACACCUCCAAGUGCAAGUUGGAGUUCCAUGCUUGUUCUACUGGCAAGAGCCUCUCCACCCUCUGUGAUGGGCCCUGUCCUUGUCUCCCGGAGCCUGAGCCACCAAAACACAAGGCAGAGAAGAACGCCUGCACGGACAAGGAGCUGAGGAACCUGGCUUCCCGCCUGAAAGACUGGUUUGGAGCCCUUCAUGAGGAUGCCAACAGGGUCAUCAAGCCCACCAGCUCCGACGCAGCCCAAGGCAGAUUCGACACCAGCAUCCUGCCCAUCUGCAAGGACUCCCUGGGCUGGAUGUUCAACAAGCUGGACAUGAACUACGACCUCCUGCUGGACCACUCGGAGAUCAACGCCAUCUACCUGGACAAGUACGAGCCGUGCAUCAAGGCGCUCUUCAACUCCUGCGACUCCUUCAAGGACGGCAAGCUCUCUAACAAUGAGUGGUGCUACUGCUUCCAGAAGCCCGGAGGUCUCCCUUGCCAGAACGAGAUGAACCGGAUUCAGAAGCUGAGCAAGGGGAAAAGUCUGUUGGGCGCCUUCAUCCCGCGCUGCAACGAGGAGGGCUACUACAGAGCCACGCAGUGCCACGGCGGCACGGGCCAGUGCUGGUGCGUGGACAAGUACGGCAACGAGCUGGCCGGCUCCCGCAAGCAGGGCGCCGUGAGCUGCGAGGAGGAGCAGGAGACCUCAGGGGACUUCGGCAGCGGCGGCGCCGUGGUCCUGCUGGACGACCUGGAGGACGCGCGGGAGCCGGGCACGCGGGGGAAGCCGCGGGUGCGCGCCCGGGCCGUGCGGGAGGACGACGAGGACGGCGACGACGACAAGGAGGACGAGGCCGGGUACAUCUGGUAG